AGUGCUGAGACCGGAAGCAUUCCACAGCUGUUCCGGAGCGAUAUCUUCCUUACAAGCUGAAGAUGGCGGCAGAGUCUAUUCGGCAGUUCCAGAGUUUUUCUGAGAGCGACAAGCAGUGGAAGGCCCGUGGAGAGUUUAUCUUAAAAAACUUGGAGCAGUUUCCGGAAGAGAGUGAAGUGGACCAUCUGCUGGCUCUGUCCAUGGUUUGGGCUAACCAUAUAUUCAUGGGCUGCCGCUAUAGUGAUGAACUUCUGGAAAAAGUUUUCAGCAUGGCAGAAGGGAUUGAAGUGGAAGAUGCUCCACACUUUACUACACGGGAUGAAAUCAUGAAACAGAGGCAAUCUUAAGUGACAAAUUCAACUCCUAGAUUCCGGUGUACAUGUGACUGGACAUUCCCAAAUUUACACAAGACUGCAAUACUUUUGACGAUACAGGGAUAUGCAAAACUGUUCAUUUGAUUGACUUGGAACACUUAAGAUGAGCAACUACAAUUUCUGAUAUCUAUUUGUUUUUUUUUUUAAAUGGCGCUGAGUAAUGUCUUUUUAAAUGGCAGCACACAUUUGAACUUUAUAUUUAUGUUUUGUAAUGUAACAUUCUGUAUUUCCAUUCUACAUUAGAACUAAAGUCACAUUAGCACUAAAGUGCUUUUUUACAUUUUAGAUGUUUUUAUUAAAACAAUGUAUAGUGUCUCCCUCAGUGAAAUACUUGUACCUAGUCAUGUAAUUCUGUAUCUUGAAAUUGGGGAUUGUACAUACCCAAAAAAAAGACAUCACUAAUAAUUUGUUUUGAUUUCACCCGCAUAUUAAAGAAUGCUUUAUCUUCUGAUGCAUCCUCUCUGACAUUACAUAAAGAUAUGUACAAAUCCAUCUUUCCUAUACUUGUCUUAUAUUGUUCCCAUCGAUAUAAUUCCUUGGUGACUAUACAAUCAAUGUAUGUGUUUUAA